AUGAUUUGGCAAAGAGUCCCAAAAGAAGUUUACGUUGGAAGAGAAACAUUAGAAUUAGGACUGUAUGAUUCAGUUUCCCAUUUUAAUAUUGGAGCAGUAACUGUUAUCAAGCUGUUCCAAGGCUUAAACAUUCCCCCUGGAAAAUAUACUGAAGAGGGGUGCAAACUUCAAGAUCAGCUACGAGUGGACGGUGCGGAGAAUAAAAAUAAAGCAAGCACUAAGAAGAGGAGAAAAGUCAUCAGAGGCCUGAAGAAAAGAAAAGGUGACAAAAACAAGCAAAGAGAGGGUGUAAACUAUGCCUCUGGAGAGUUCUAA